UGGCGGCGCCCAUGUAGUCUCAUCUUAACACCAGUCAACACUUAAUCAAUAACUUUCUCACUUGUAAGUGGCUUUUUAUGCUUUUAUCCGCCAUGGAUUUACCGCCAAUUCCAGAUCAUUCAACGUAUGCUCAUUUUGUGGGCCCUACUACCGGCAAAGUCAAGAUAAGUCUUUCAGAUUUGAUUCACAAUUAUCAUCCGUACGAUGAAAUUGCACAACUGAUUGAAGACGACCCGGAUGCUGCACAUAAACAAGGAUGGCAUGGACUGACCCCAAUGCACAAGGCUGCCUUACGUGGAGAUCCCAAGAUCACUCGACUUCUUCUAGAUCACUCAGCGUCUGUCAAUGAAGCAAAUGACUAUGGAGAAACACCACUUCAUUAUGCAUGCAAACGAGGAUCCCUUAUGAAUAUUCAUAUGAUGCUAGAGGGCGGUGAGGAGGAAGGGGAUGUCUGGCAGAGAGAUAACGCCGGGAGGAAUUGUCUUCAUCAUGCUGCGGCUGGGGGUAGUGUGUUAAGCAUGCACUACUUGUCUGAAGUACAUGGGAUGGCUUUUCAUGACAGAGACUCUAUUGGUCAAACGCCUCUGCAUAUAGCAUGUCUUCAAGGAUUCCAAGAUGCAAUAAAAUAUCUCUUGAGAAACAACAGAUCGGAAUUAACUUGGACGGAUAAUAACGGUAACACAGCACUUCACAUAGCUUGUCAGAACGCUCUCAGUGAAGCCUGUUGGAUCCUUCUACAGCAUGGGAACUGCGGAAUGCUGAAAGUUAACAAUAACCACAGCCAGACACCACUCCAUGUACUGCUGCAAGGCGAAACCCACGGGCAUCAGCAAUUGUUCAAAGAGAUGAAUUACUGGGCCGAUUCCAAGACGCCCAACCUUCCCCCCAAAGGCCCCAUGUUCACCUGGUACUUCAUGCUAACGUUGCCCGCCCAUUUCUUCGGCCUCAUCAUGCUCGUUUGUGGUGUCAUCGGAUCUUAUAGUUCGGUUGUUGCUACCGUCGCAACCGGUUUCCUCGCCUCUUAUGUUGGAGGUCAAAGCCAUCGACUCCAUCACCUCUCAAGAUGGUCCAACCCUAUCUUUUGUGGCGCAUUUGCUGCAGGGAUGUUCCACACGGCGCUGUGUUUGUUCUUCAAGCUUCACCCCGUGAUUUUCCAAGUCAACACCUACAUUCAUUUUCUCGUUGACCUUCCGCUGUUCUGCGUCAUGUUCUACCUAUACUACGUACUUCUAUUUCGUGACCCCGGUAGGAUUCCAAGGUCAAAGGCCAUCUUGGAGGACGCUGACCCCUGCAUCAGAGAUGUGGCCACUGGGAAAACAAAAGCUGAUGAGUUUUGCAUUUGCUGUGAGAUUACCGUUCCCGACCGUGCCAGACACUGUAAGAUGUGCGAGCAGUGCAUACUGGGAAUCGACCACCACUGUCUGUUUCUCCUCGGUUGCAUCGCCAAGGACAACCAUCGUCACUUCGUCACAUUCAUCCUCGUCGUCAUGCUCUCUCAAGUCAUCUUCAUUCUUUACUCCUUUCAGUACCUCUUCAUCAUCUACCCGGGCCACACCCUCUGGGAAAUAGGCGUCGCCGUUGUCCACAAGCAGCCUUGGGUGUGGUCCAUGUGCUUGCUGAACCUCCUCUCGAUCUUCUGGGGUGUGUCGCUGGUCUUCAUGCAGCUUAAUUUGAUCGCAAACGGCGUGACGAUGGUUUGGCACCCAAAAGUGUUAUCCAUGAAAAAUGUUCACGUCGUCUAUCUCUCACCUUCGGCAAAAAUGAAGAAUCUUAGGAAUUUUUUUGCCGGUCGGAGAACGAUGACUGUUUUUGAACUGAACCAGCUGCAGAAAAUUUGAUGUGUUUGUAGUUAUUAAGAGAGUGUUAUAUAUUUGGUUUGCGGUAACACCAUGUGUGUAUCUACUUGCCAGGUAGUUUUUUCUUUUAUAUAUUCUA